CCAAGCUCGAGAUCGGAAUCCACGCACGACUUGAAUUACUGUGCAGUCUACUCAGACAGAUUUGUGCUUUUGCUGUUGAAAGAAAGUCAUUGCUGUCUUUGUUCCGUGCUCUUCUCUCUCGGUCGGGCAAACACAAUGCAUUUGCAUCUUCUAUAAUCAUCAUCACGACGAACUUGUACAUCCUCGAGACAUUGCAUUGCAGCAUCAGCACCACGCACUUCUUCUAUAAUUUUUAAUACCAACACUUCUAGCCAGCCUAGACAGCCUAGACAUCACACCCAUGUCAACAACUCAACAACAACAACCCGCGUCCUCAACGCCCUCCAUCCGCAACCACUACGAAGCCCUCGAGCUCAUCGGCCGCGGUACAUUCGGCCAGAUCCGCAAGGUCAGACAUAAAGCGGACGGCCAUGUGCUUGUCCGCAAAGAGAUCUCGUACGGCCGCAUGAGCCAGCGCGAGCGGAAUCAGUUGCUGGCCGAGCUGCGGAUCUUGAAAGGGCUCCGGCAUCAGAAUAUCGUGCAGUACGUCCAUCAUGAACGGGAUCCGGAUACGGAGGAGGUGCAUUUGUAUAUGGAGUAUUGUGGAGGAGGGGAUCUUGCGCAGCUGAUACGGAAUUGCCGCGAGGCAGGACAACACGUCCCCGAGACAAUAAUAUGGAGCAUACUAACCCAACUCCUCCUCGCCCUCUACCGCUGCCACCACGGCGUCGACCCCCCUCCACUAAGCAGCCUCUUUUCCCCGCACGACGACCCGCCCGCGAUCCCCGCAACCUGCAUCCUGCACCGCGACAUCAAGCCCGAGAACGUGUUUCUCGACGCCGACAACUCCGUCAAGCUCGGCGACUUUGGCCUCUCGAAAAUGAUCGACCCCGAGCACUCGCUCGCCACGACCUAUGUUGGAACACCGUACUACAUGAGCCCGGAGGUGCUUCUCGACCAGCCCUACACGCCACACUCAGACAUGUGGUCGCUCGGCUGCGUGCUGUACGAGCUAUGCGCGCUGCAUCCGCCGUUCACGGGAAAAUCACACCUGCAGCUCGCGCAAAAGAUCAAAGAAGGCAGAUUCCCCGCCGUACCCGCAGGCUACUCCGCCUCGCUGCAGAAAGUGAUUUCAGCCUGCCUGUCGCUGAACCCGCAGAAGCGGCCGACGACGCACGAUCUGCUGCAGACCGAGGUCGUGCGGUUACAUCGGCGCGAGCGCGAGUUUGUCGAGCUGCAUCGCGAGCUGCGGGCGCGUGAGGAGAUGGUUGCGAAGCAUGAGGCUGAGAUCACGGCGCGGGAGAGGGAGUUGACUGCGAUUUGGGAGAGGAACGAGAGGUAUGAGAAGGAACUGUUACAGCAUCAUCAGAGUAUGCAGGCGUCUUUUGAGGAGGCUGUUGAGACGAGGGCAAGGGAGAUGGUUACCGAGUAUAUGCAUUAUCAGCAACAACAGCAGCAACAACAGCAACAGCAACAGCAACAGCAACAACAACAACAACAGCAGCAGCAGCAGUCACGAGUGGACGACUCGCAAGACUACAUGGAGGCCAUAGGAACCCCAAGAUCAGCCCUAUCAUCCCGCCACAGCAUAUCCGACCUCCGCCAAGCGUACAACAACAGCAACCUAAUCGCCUCACCAAUGGACAUCUCCUACUCGCCAUUCCCGAACGCGUCCCCGCUCGGCACCUUCCCCGCCCGCGGCGGCAUCGCCAACUCCGCCGCCACGCAAGCCCGCACGCCGACCCGACUCCGUCUCGCGCACGCAAACACAAUGCAGGAAUCCUCGCCGCUGACGUUUGCGUCGCCGAUGGCAAUGUCUCCGUUGGCAGUCGGCCGGCGGCCUGCGCACUACACCGCUGCCUCGACGCCGAGUCUGCCGAGCGCGAGCAGCACGGCGAAUAAACGCAAAUCGCGGAGUUCGAUCGAGGGAAGUUCGCCGUCGUCUACGCCUGCGUCGUCGUCCUCUUCUUCGUCUGCGAGACAGCUGCAGGCGUUGAAAGAGAACGUGGAUAUUAACGCGCAGAGACAGGGCGCUGGAGCUGGAGCCGGCGCGGCGUGGACGGAAGCUACGGGGCGGGGAGUUGGCCUUGGAGCUGCGGCGGCGCGGGCGAAGAUCAUGGCGUCCGGGGCCGAGAGUCGGAAGAGUCAUGGGAUGGCGAGGACGAUUAUGGAUAUCCAGCGGGACUCUGCAAAGAAGUUGAGUUUCGGCAAGGCCGUGGGAGCAGCAGCAGGAGCGGGGGAGGAAAGUCCGGCGGGGAGAAGGGGAAGUGAUUGCGCUACGUGGUUGAUGAGCACGGAUGGCGACGGGGACGUGACGAGUCCGUGGCUGAGACGGUAUGAGCGGAGUGCGUGAGCACUGCGAGAGAGAGAGAGAGAGAGAGAGAGAGAGAUGAACGUGAUCAUGAGAUGAUGAGCUGCAUAUGAAGCGAACCCAAGAGCGACGACUGCUGAGAUAGAGGGCUGGUUGUUGCUCUGACAUUGUUAAUGCGCUGUGUUUGUGUUUGUGUUUGUGUUUUGUGUGUUUACAUUGGGGAGUUUGUGAAUAGUGGAUUAAAAUGCGAUAGAAGUGAUAUUCG